AUGGCUUAUCAGCCUCUGAAACGACGCUUGACACUGAGGAGUGAUCUAGAGCACAGAGAGCACAAAUCGAAAAAGAGAUCUCCGGCUUCCCAUGAACAAUAUGAGAUCGCCUGGAUAUGUGCACUGCCAAAAGAAAUGGCCGCAGCAGAAGCUGUGUUGGACGACGUCCAUGAACGCUUGUGCAGGCCUAAAAACGAUACCAAUUCGUACAUCCUUGGAAGCAUAGGGUGCCACAACAUCGUUAUUGCGUGUUUGCCAAUUGACGGAUAUGGAACGAACAACGCGGUUAACGUGUUGACUCAUCUUACCCGCACCUUUACAUCGAUUUAUCUUAGCCUCAUGGUUGGAAUCGGCGGCGGGGUUCCACGCGAAAACUAUGACAUUCGGUUAGGCGACAUAGUUGUUGGUACGCAAGUGGUGCAGCACGACCUCAUGAAGAUUGGCACAGAUGGUCAAAUUCAACAUACUGCAGUCCCAAGGACUUUAUCACACCUGGUUGGUAAAGCUUUAUCAGUCCUAAGAUCGGCACAUCAGCCUCACAGCAGUCGAAUUCCCCUCAUAUUACAGGAUAAGUUCUGUGAGCUUCCGAACUACGCCCGUCCAACUACAGCAGAUCGUCUCUUCUGUGCAACAUAUCAACACAGCUCUCAAGCGUCAAGCUGCGAUGAAUGCAGCCCUUUAGAACUGGUACAGAGAUGCGAGCGGAGUUCAAAUGAUCCAUACAUCCAUUAUGGUACUAUCGCCUCAGGCAAUCAAGUUAUCAAAGACUCAGCAAUUCGCGAUAAGAUCGCCCAGGAACUGAAUGCUAUCUGUUUUGAAAUGGAGGCGGCUGGCCUCCCUGAUCUUGGUCCCUGCCUGUCAGUACGGGGCAUCUGUGAUUAUUCCGACUCUCACAAGAGCAAGGAAUGGCAGGAAUAUGCUGCUGCCACCGCGGCCGCAUUUGCAAGAGAAUUCCUCGAAAAGCUUCCUUCUGCAGAAGGAAUCCCUCCAACCACACCAGAGAGUGUUCGGAGGCAGGAAUACUGGCCUCAGAAGGAAAAGUACGACAAAUGUCUGCGCGAUCUACGCGAAACCGACCCUCGUGAUGACAAGAGCCGUAUCGAAGAAACCAAGGGCGGUCUGUUCAAAGAUGCAUACCGCUGGAUUCUCAAAAACGACAAAUUUCAACAAUGGUAUAACGCUUCACAGAGUCAGCUCCUCUGGAUCAAAGGCGACCCUGGCAAGGGUAAAACAAUGUUAUUAUGUGGACUUAUCGAUGAGCUUGAGAAACAACACCGCAGCCUUUUGUCCUACUUCUUUUGCCAAGCUACUGAAGCACGAUUAAGCAACGCGACAGCCGUGCUACGCGGUCUGAUCUACCUUCUUCUUGUUCAAUGUCCUCCGCUUUUCUCUUACAUCGAAGAGAAGUAUGACCAUACCGGCAAGCAGCUCUUUGAGGAUGGGAAUGCAUGGCAAGCUCUGUCCAAGAUCUUCAUGGCAAUGCUCGUGGACCCAUUACUGGAUCGCGUACUCUUGAUUGUUGACGCUCUUGAUGAGUGUAUUACAGACCAAGAAAACCUUCUUGACUUGAUCAUCAGGUCUAGCAAUGUCAAGUGGAUCGUGACUAGCCGCAACUGGCCGGACAUCGAACAGGUCCUAGAGCGUUCCACGCAGAAAGUCAGGCUACAUCUUGAGUUGAAUCAAGACUCAGUUUCCAAGGCCGUUGAGGCUUUCAUCGACUGGAAGGUAGAGGAGUUGGCCGCGAAAAAGGGAUAUGACACAGAAUUCAAAAGCGAGGUUAAGAGCUAUUUAGCUGAGAAUGCUCAUGGCACGUUUCUAUGGGUCGCUUUGGUUUGUCAGGGGCUCUCGGAUAUCAAGGUUCUCCGCAAACGUCAUACCCGCGACACAUUGGAGGAAUUCCCAAAGGGACUUGACCCACUGUACGGAAGAAUGAUGGGACAUAUCAAUCAAUCACGAGAUGCAGAGAUAUGCAAAGAGAUACUGGCUCUUGCUUCUGUUGUGUAUAGACCAAUUACCUUGACAGAGUUGAAAACUCUUCUGGGGUCACAGUACGAGGAUGAGGAUGGUGACCUGAAAGAAGUUGUCGGUUGUUGUGGUUCCUUCCUGACACUUCGGGGGGUUGCUAUCUAUUUUCUGCAUCAGUCGGCCAAAGACUUCUUGGUGAAAAAGGCGUUAGAACAAGUUUCACCCUCAGGUCUUCCAUAUCAACAUGAAUUGAUCUUCAAAAGGUCAUUACAGACACUAUCGAAGACUCUGAGACGUGAUAUCUGCCAACUGGGCCAUCCAGGGUUUAGUAUCAAUGAUGUCUCAGCAGAUGUUCUCAAGCCACUGGAUCCCAUCGGAUACUCUUGCGUUUAUUGGGUAGAUCAUCUCAAAGACUCUGACUCCACCAAGCUCAACGAUAGUUUGGCAAGCGGUGGUGAUAUUCACGUAUUCAUCCAGAAUAAGUAUCUGUAUUGGCUAGAAGCUCUCAGUCUGCUGGGUACUACAGUAGAGGGGGUGAAGGCCAUAUAUGAGCUCGAGGAUCUGGCUACUACAUUCAAGGCGACUGACCCAGUGAGAAGACUUCUCGAAGAUGCGCGCCGUUUUAUUCUCACCCAUAAGCGAGCUAUCGAGAUUGCUCCAUUGCAAGCAUAUGACUCAGCACUAAUCUUUAGUCCAGAAUCUAGCCUCAUUCGAGAGGUAUUCAAACAUGAAGAGCCGGACUGGAUAACUCUAAAGCCAAAGAUGGAUAAGAAAUGGAAUAAUUGCCUACAAACCCUUGAGGGCCAUGGCCGUGGACAUUUAUUAGUGGCCGUCUCACCAGACAACCAUCUUAUUGCAUCCAGCAGUCGCGACGAGACAGUCAAAAUAUGGGAUAUCGCAACAGGUGUGUGUCGACAUACUCUUGAGGAUCAUGAUGAGGAUCAUGGUGAUGAUAUCUACUCUAUCACGUUUCUUCAAGAUGGACAAAUUCUCGCGUCGGCUUCAAAGACUAUCAAAGUAUGGGACACGAAAACAGGAUUAUGUCGGCAGACGCUAGGAGGUCACGAUGAACAUGUGAGCUCAGUGGCUUCCUCUCCAGACGGCCAGUAUCUGGCAUCGGGAUGUCAUGAUGGGACAAUCAAGAUCUGGAGUUCAAAAACGGGAAACUGUACGAAGACUCUUGAGGGCCACUCUGGCAGCGUUUUUUCAGUGGCUUUCUCACCAAAUAACCAGCGUCUUGUGUCAGGAUCGGCUGAUAGUACGGUUAAGAUAUGGGAUGCGAAAUUGUUCUCAUGUUUACAGACGCUAGAGGCUCACAAUGACGCAGUGCUAUCAGUAGCCUUCUCGCCAGAUGCUAAGCGUCUUGCAUCAGUCUCGAGGGAUGAAACGAUCAAAGUCUGGGAUAUGGCCACAGGUUCCAGUUCGCUAAUACUGGGAAUCUCCUCGUAUGCCGGGGAUAUAAUAGCCUUUACAGCGGAUGGUAAAUGCCUUGCUUUAGGAACGACCGAGGACGGGAUAAAACUCUUCGAUGCAGCAAACGGUACAAUCCUACAGACCUUGAAGGACUUUAAUGGUGUAGUAACGUCUAUGGCCUUCACGGCUGAUGGGCGUCGUCUUAUAUCAGGCUCAGAGGAUGGCUUAGUCAGGAUCUGGGCUACAUCGAUCGACGCACGCCAGCUAUCAGUUGAAUAUCAUGACGAGUCUGUGAGCUCUAUCGCCAUUUCCGCACAUGGUUUGCGAGUCGCAUCAGGAUCAUCCGAUACUACUGUCAAGAUCUGGGAUACGGAAACAGGAAAGUGCCUACAGACGCUUAAAGGCCAUUGCAGCAUAAUAAGCUGUUUGGCUUUUUCUGCGGAUAGCACUCGCUUAGCCUCAUGCUCAAAUGACUGUACAAUCACGGUCUGGGAUAUUAUAACUGGUACAUGCCUGUAUACAUUUGAGGAGGAUGGGGUCAUCCGUUCAGUGGCCUUCUCGGCAGAUGAUCAAUAUCUCGUAUCAGGUGGAACCGGCGCCAAGAUAUGGAAUGCAGCAACUGGGGAAUGCUUAUAUACAUUUGGGCAUAAUGAUGAAGUAAACGCAGUGGCUCUCUCAGCCGACAGCCGACGUCUCGCAGCCGGCCUAGACGACAGGACGAUCAGAAUUUGGAAUGUUGGAGAGCAUAGCCUCGAAGUGUUCCAGGGACAUACUGAGCGUAUAACAUCAGUGGCCUUGUCGGUGGACGCCCUGUAUCUCGCAUCAAGCUCGUUAGAUGGUGAAGUGAGGAUCUGGGAUUCCGAACGGUGCUCGUGUCUGCACUCAAUCAAGGUCGGGGCAAUCCUCUAUCACCUAUCUUUUAGUUCAUGGACGAACUCUCAACUCCACACCGACAUCGGUAUCUUGGACUUAGAAGUACCAUUUCCAAUGCCUAAUAUUAACGCCGAGCAAAUUGGCGUAACUGUCUUACCAGCUUCUGAUCGGUCCAGUCACUGUAUCAAGAUCAAUGGGCAAUGGAUUGUGAAACAUGACGAGAACGUUCUUUGGCUGCCUUUCAAUUAUCACCCCAAGUUAUCAGCUGUCUUUAAGUCAACUCUGGCUGCCGGGUAUGAUUCGGGUCGCGUACUGAUAAUGAGAUUCUCUUAA